CGUCUGACUCCCUCGUGUCAGGAGGAAAAUCAACUGUGGCCUGAUCAGCUUUGCCAUGGAUGGAGAUCAUCACCUUCAGUCGCACCCAUCCGGCCCAACCUCGCCUGCGAAAUCGCCCGUCCGGCGACGCAGACCGCCCUUAUCUUGUACCAUCUGCCGGCGCCGGAAGCUAAAAUGCGACCGCGCCCUUCCAUGCGGACAGUGCAUCAAGUCCAAGACUCCUGACCAAUGUGUCUAUGUCGGACAGCAACCUUCCAAAUCCGAUGCGCGUCGGGUAGAUGACACGCCGCCACAACGCGCGCGUACCUCCGUCAGUCGGGCCAGUCCGGCUCACGGGGGUCUGUAUGUCUUCGACUCCAAGCAUCAGUUGUCUGCGAACAGGAUCACGAAGCCCAAGGCGCGCUCCGAUGAGCUGCACGAGUUGCGCAAUCGGGUGCAAUUUCUGGAGGCGGCGCUUUCCAAGGCGGGUCCCAUCCACACUCCCGAGAGCCUGGGGUAUGACGCACAGUCCGAGGCGGCGGUGCGCGUCGCCCCAGAAGCGCAGAACCUCACGGACGAUGUCAAGGCGCUUCCCUCAAGGUCGUGCUUUCGUGGGAAGAAGAGUAGGACGCGCUACUGUGGACGCUGCCAUUCGGCCGUGACUCUGGCUUUUUUCGACGAUGUCACUGCCUUCAUGCGAGGACAGCGCAGUAGUUUGAAGCGCAAUCCAGACUACAAGAAGUUCAAGAAUUUCAAAGGCGAGGUGUGGGCACGCGAGAGACAAGAUCACCAACGUGCGUUCCGCAACAAAUCCUGGAAUUUGGAGGAGAUGGUUCCGCCGCGACACGUGGCUGACGAGCUUGUGAAUCUGUACUUGUCAACCUUCGAGAUGACCUACCGCAUCUUACAUGUACCGACGUUCCUUGAAGAAUAUGAGGCUUACUGGACAGCAACCGGCCCACGAGAUCGAUGCUUUGUCGCGAAACUUCUAGCUUUGAUGGCCGCCAGCAGUUGCUUCCUUAGUCCCACGACGAAGAUUGAUGGCGGGGAAAAGCUGCAUGAAGCCGCAGCAGAAUGGAUCGCCGGAGCUCGCUCGUGGAUUGCGUUCACCUUGGUUAGCUCAAAUCUCGAUUUCAAUAUCCUACAGAUUGAGUGCCUCAUUGUAAUUGCACGCCAAGCGGAUGCUAUCGAUGGGGAUAUCGUUUGGAUAUCUUCUGGCUCUCUGAUUCGAAUUGCCAUGACCAUGGGGCUUCACCGGAGUCCGUACCGGUUUCACAAAAUGACCAAAUACUGGGCUGAGAUGCGGCGCCGGCUCUGGGCCACGAUUGUCGAGCUGGACUUGCAGUCGUCGAUAGACAAGGGAAUGCCGCCUAACCUGGAUCUCGAAGAAUUCGACUGCGAAGCACCGUCAAAUCUCGACGACUCUCAAUUGACAGAAGAUAUGACGGAAGAUCCCGUCCCGAGGGAUCUAGGGACAUUUACCCGCAGCACAUUCCAGGUUCUACUGCACCAGACACUGCCGUUACGAGUGCAAAUCGCCAAAGUUGUCAAUACUCUAAAACUCACACUCUCCUACGACGAAGCACUACGCCUGAGCGAGGAGAUAAACCAGUCAAUGCAGGAGGGCCUAGGCACGUUGCAUCGAAUGAGAACUGGAAUGCCUUCUCCGAUCGGCGAGGACCCUUCCUUUGCACAGUCAAUGCUGGUAUUCUUGAUGCGGCGCUCACUUCUGGUACUCAACCGCCCUUUCGCGCUAAGCAUUCUCCGGACACCGAAGUUUUCCUACUCGCGGAAGAUCUGUUUGGAAUCUGCGCUCCAAAUGCUCUCUUACCUCGAGCCCUCUACAGAGGCCCAAGCGUUGCCCCAGCUGGCGCAGCUCAGUGGCGGGAUGUUCCGCGACGAGUUUCUUCAUGCGGCUUUGACGGUGUGCGUGGAGCUGUACCUGCAAUCGUGCGAGUUCAGUCUCCCGCAAUCUUUGUCCAUGGGCCCGUCGAGCACGCUAACGUCGUUCAACGACCUGGUGCGGUCUCAGCAGGAAGUGAUGCUGCAAGCCGUGCAACGAACGAUCGAGACUUUUGGCAGCCGAAUGGGCCCGAGCGGCAAGGGCUGCAAGGCGUUUUUCUUCCUGACCAUGGUCCUGGCGUCCGUCAAGGCGCGCAUCAACGGACAAGAUCCACAGAAGGUGAUUGAGCAGGACGUGAUGAUAUGCAUGCGGCAAUGUGAACAAAUGAUGCGGGGGGCGUCUUGGGCUGCCGUCCGGGACCGUGGUGAAAUGGAUAACGCAGCCAUGGCCACUCCUGGUUCACUAUCGCUGGAUGCUGCAGCCCCGACCGACGCAUUUGACCCUGCUGCUUUCGGUUUGGAUGCCUCGCUUGAUUUCGGGAACUUGUUUGACAUGGCGGACUUUGGAGUGUCGGAAAUCUGGGAUCGAGAUUUCUUUGCCAGCUUUUAGCGUUCAGGACUGGUGGCGUUGGAAGAGGGACUGGGUUGGGUUUCGGCUGACAUACAUACCAUCAAUCAGAGGCGUUCUUAAAAGCACAUUAUUCCCUUGCAC